ACUACAACUCCGUUUUUUCCUCCACCGUACCCAAAACUUUACACAAAACCACCACAAUGCCUAUCUCCAAGAAGGACCGAAUCCAACGCGAACACCGCAAAGCCGAAAAGGCAGGCACCCGCGCCCCCGUCAAGGCAAACGGCCUUCCCGUCAAGGCGCCCAAGCCAACCUCCAUUUGCCAGAAUUGCCGUCGCGAAAUUGUAAAUACGAAUAAGGCGCAGCUGGAGGCCCAUGCGGCGAGUCAUGAUUCGGUGGCUUGGCCCAAGGAGAAGUGUUGGCCUAAUGAUUUUUCGUGAGGAUGGGGCGGGGUUGGUGGGACGGAGCGAGGUUAUGGAUAUGUGGGGGUGAGCGGGAUGCACAGUGGAUAUACAGAGUGAAGCGAGGGACUCGAAGAAGCUAAGUUGAAAUGCAAGAUGGGAGAACCGGUACUGAGGGAGGAGUGUUUGAAAGUCGUACUCGUUUGGGCAUGCUGACGAUCGAGACGACGGUACUUUGUGAUACCAGAUAUAUUUGAAAUGAAAUAAUCUAUUAUAUCCCAUGUAGCGAAGCAAGUGGUUGUCGUAACG